AUGUUUAAUAAUAAAUCCAAAAAGCCUUCGUUAUUGUAUGUUGAAUGUAAGUCAAGAGAUAUUUCAAGAAGAAAUUCAAGGAUUAGUGAUUUGCUUAAUGAUACUAUGAAUAAGGAAAAUUCAAAUUAUUAAUCCACCUAUAUACCAAACACUGCAAAAAAGAUUGAUAGAACAGUUGGAAGUUUGAACAAGAUGUAUAAACAAGCAAUACAGGAUCAAUAAAUUUUGUAAGAGCAAUCAUCAAUGUUGAUGGAAGACUUGAAUGGGAAAUUAUUGUAAAGAGCCGAAUUGAUAGGUCAAGUGGAAGAAUUAGAGGAAUUAAUAGAAUUCCAUAAAAUAUAAAGCAAUUUCGAGUUUACUUUUGCAACUAAAAUUGAAUAGUUAGACCUACAAAUUUAAUAGUUAAAAAAAUCAUCAUCCUUUAAAUUAUCAGGCAACACAGCAGAUUUGAUUCGAGAUAGAGAAUAGCAACAUAAAAUAUUAAAGGAGAAAAUCAAUUAGGAAACUAUGCUUGCUAUGACAACCUAUAUGUAACAAUGGGGUCAUUAAUUUGAGACUAUCAAGAAUUAAUAUGGAAAUGAAGUGUAUCAAUAGGUUCUUAAAGAACAGGAUCAAUAAAUCAAUCAAUUAAUCUCGCAUUAAUACAAUAAGAAAAUUUAAGGCAUUAUUCAGAUACUCAGAAACCACGAGAGAUUAGAAAAAGCUAUUCAAUUGAACAUUGAUUAUGUUGACAAUUCAUUGAAUGAAGACAUAUACGCGAUGAAAUAAACAAUGAAUCAAAAGAAAUUGCAAAAGAAGAUCAAUCCAAAUUUUAAUUACUAAAAAGAGUGGAAGUUCUAGAAUAAGAGAACUAAUAAUUAGAAUCUAUAUUAAUAAGAAAUCUUAAAUAAACAGAAAACUGAAGAAAUAUACAAUGAAAUAUUAACUGGCUUUGAUUGCCUAUCAUAAAUUGAUAAUGAUGAUCAAAAAAGCGAUAAUAGUAAUUCUUAAAUUAAAAGUUGCGCGAAUAUUUUAAGCAACAUCAAUAAGUAAACCAAGAGAGUGUUAAGCAAUCACUUAAAUAAAGAUGAUUCAUUACACUUUAGUCAAUUGCAAUAGUAUUUACAAAUAAAUGGUAUAGAUGGAGAGACAAACUCUAAGUGUUCAUCAGCAUGUUAAUUAUCUGCUGAUGAUUCUUUGUUGUAACAUUUUAAUGAAUUGAAUUUAACCUUACUUCAAUCAGAAAAGUCUAAAAAUAAUCUAUGUAAUUUGCCUUUAUAGUAAUAACAAUACUAUCAAUAAUAAUAACAAUAUUAUCAAUAAUAAUAUUAAUAGUAGUAAUAAUAACAAUAUUAAUACUCAUAAUAAUAGUAAUACUCAUAAUACUCAUAAUACUCAUAAUAAUAAUAAUAAUAAUAAUAAUAAUAAUAAUAAUAAUAAUAAUAAUAAUAAUAAUAAUACAACUAUUUUAAUUAAAAGAAUCUACCAACAGACAACUAAACUUAAUAGAUAGAUUUUAUUAGAUUAUAAACUAUAACUGAAGAAUAACUAAGUUCAAAAAGAGAUAAAUCCAAAAUGGAAUAAUCCAGUAAAACCCAACACAACUCCUAUUCAUUAAAAUUACUUAAACCUGAAUAAAGUUAAAAUUAUUGA